CUGUACUGUACCAUCUUAGUUUGUCAUUUAGACUUACAAGAAUGUGAAAAUAAAAGUGGGAUGAAAACAGUUGUGUGUAAGCUGAAUGUCUUCCUCUUCCUUUGUACUGCUGUUGUGCUGAUGCUCAUGUCAAUGAUGGUCCUCUUACACAAAGGGUCUUUGACGAUAUCUCGAACUCAAAGAGGAUACACAUACUCGGCCUGGUCCUCCUUUGUAACAGCUGACAAAUAUACCAAGGAGGAAUAUAAGAACAUGUGCUUCAAUAAAUUUGCAACGCCAUCUAUAGGAGUACUAUAUGAUAUGGUGGAGGAGUGGAAGAUUUCAACGCACCCUGUUUGCAGGCAAUACCUGGCUAUAUUUAACACCAUCUUCACAGUGAGGAAGAGGUCAGGUUCACUGAACAUUCCAGACACAUUUGUUCCAAAGAUGUUAAAAUGGCUUGGAGGAAACAAAAAGUAUCUUGAGGAAGCUCAGCACCAGACAAUCACCAUUACCUUCAAUGAACUCACCAGAGAUAGUACCAUAUUCAAUCCACUCAGAGGGAAGCGACCAAUCACUAAACCAGAAAUAUCUGAGAGACUAUAUGUAGAUAACUUAGCUGAAAAGAGUGGGAAGACAUGUGACUUCUGUGAAUCUACAUAUAAAAAAUAUACAGGGAUAGAUCCAUUUGGAAGACUAGAGACAAGCCAUGCCUUUACCGCCUCUAAUGCCUUCAAGUAUGAUGCCUGGCACACCAUGGUUGUCUUCAGGAACCACCAUCCUCUAGACUGGAACUUUAUAGAAUUCAUGGAUCUCUUUCAGUUAACAUUGGAUUGGGUAAACAAAGUACAUUACACAGAUCCUAACUACAAGUACCCUAUAGUUAUGUGGGAUCUUUUACCACAUGCCAGUGCUAGCCAGAUACACCCUCAUGUACAUGUUACCAUGGAGACAGACCGUUACUAUGGAAGUCAGGAAAAUUGGAGAUUAGCUGCUGAACAAUACUCAAAAAUGUUCCCUGACCGGAACUACUUUACAGAUCUGAUUCAUCUACAUGAUAUCCUUGGGCUAGCAGUCCAUGUGGAUGAUGUGGUUGCAUAUGCAAGUAUUACUCCUAAAAAAGAUAAUGAAAUUGUGAUAAUGGCAGAAAGUCCGUCCGCAAAUUUCUUCCAUAUGAUAUACUAUGUUACCCGAGCCUUUAUUGAGGAUAUGGACCACUUGUGUUACAGCAUGUCUAUAGUCUAUCCUGAAAUGGGGUCAAGUAACACUGGUAGGAUGCCUACCUUGGCUCGUAUUGUCACUCGGGGAUCAGUGUCUGAAAUACGCUCAGACAUCAGCUCACUAGAACUAUUCGCCGCAUCAAAUGUGAAUGUGGAUCCAUUCAAAGCUAUUCAGUUCAUCAGGAAAUCAAUCAAGCAUAGGAAGCAUCUUGUGAAAACCUCAUGAGGCCUAUACAGUGUCAGCUUAGGCAUUUUUUAAAAUGUAAAACAGAAAACCAGCAUUAGUGGACGCAACAGGGAUUUACAG